AUGAGCAACACGGCCAGACAGACACCUGCCCCGGAAACUGCCUCUGCUAUAAGUCUGGAGGCGUGUGCCAGUGUGGAGGAGCUCACCAUGGAGACGGCACACGCCACCGUGGAGCGAGUGUUCCGCACCCUGCGUGGCCUGGGCCACGCCCGCGCACACCUGAAGCAGCUCCGCUCCACCUACUGCCCCGGGGACGGCAUGCACCAGGCAGCGUACAGGCCGCUGCUGAAGACGGUCCUGGAGGAGGUGUUCCACCCUGAGCGGCGGGACUGCCCCGAUAUCGAGCACACGUCCUCUGGGCUGAGCGACCUGCUGAAGACUGGAUUCAGCAUGUUCAUGAAGGUGAGUCGGCCACACCCCAGUGACCACGCCCCCCUGCUGCUCUUCCUGGUGGGAGGGGUUACUCCCUCUGAGCUGCGAUUGGUCCGGGAGACAGUCUCCGCCCACAAACCCGGCACACAGGUGCUGGUUCUCUCCUCCAGGCUGCUCACUCCUAAGGCUGUCCCUGAGUUGCUGUUCGGUACAGAGAGACUGUUCCCCGACAUCGGUGUGUGAUCAGCCCAGCAUGGGGGGUGUCCUUACACACUCCUGCUCAUUCUCCUUCCUGCGUCUGUCUGUGUCCGUGUGUGAGUGUGUGUCUGUCUGUGUGUGUGCGUCUGUCUGUGUCCGUGUGUGAGUGUGCGUCUGUCUGUGUGUGUGCGUCUGUCUGUGUCCGUGUGUGAGUGUGCGUCUGUCUGUGUUCUGUUGGAUUUCUACAUGUAAUAAACGUGCAUUCACACCCAUUCCCUCAUCUGCGCCACAUGACCAGGGGUUCUGUCUGGCUGUGUCACAGUCAAUAAUAAGAAUAAUAAUUACUUAUUACGAUUAGUAUUAUUGGUCAUGUCACUCUUUACAUAAAGGGUACAUGGAUUGGCAUUAAUUAAUGUAGUUGUUCACAUACAUUAAUGAUGUACCUAAACUAAGCUGUACAUAUUAACCCCUCAGUAGUUAGUUAAUAACUACAGUGUUUAAUGCAAGUUCAUGUCACCGCAUUGUAUAGUGUUAGCCUGUAGUUCUAUUAUUAUAAAAGAGUAUAAUGUAGUUCUAUUAUUAUAAAAGAGUAUAAUGUUGUUCUAUUAUUAUAAAAGAGUAAAAUCGUGUUUAGUAUUUUUCUCUGAAAUGUAGGGAUCGGCGCCCUAAAGAACAUUUAAAAUAAUAUCAAACAAAGUGGCAUCUGUGAUGAAAUUUCAGUCUCCAUCAACUGUUUUGUUGCCUUUGACCAUUUCCUAUAAAUAGGUUGCGCAUACGUAAAAUUAUCAUGGAGACCUGAGAGAUUUCAACUCAGGUAGAUUUAAAAUGAUCAUAGGGGUGCCAAUACUUUUGAAAUCCAUGUUUUGCAGAAAACAAUGUACUAAUCAAUAAAAUCAUUGUUUGAAAAUAAA